GGAGCGCAACGCCGUCAGCCCGCCCGCCCGCCCGCUCUCUCUCCCUGGUGCGCGGCGGCCGGGAGGCGAGGAGACAUCAGCUGAAUUCUGCAUUUAUCUAGGUCACGCUUUCUGCUGGGCCCCAGGGACAAGAAGGAGAUAGCAACAGGGUCCCUUCCCCCAGAGAUCCCAGGAGCCCAGUAGAGAAGGCAUGCAGACAGUUCCAGGAUAAGGAACCUGACAGCAUACUGGCUCCCGGAAUACUGUAUGACACUACAUCAUGAGUGACAGUAAAUGUGACAGUCAGUUUUACAGCGUGCAGGUGGCAGACUCAACUUUCACUGUCCUGAAACGUUACCAGCAAUUGAAACCAAUUGGCUCUGGAGCCCAAGGAAUUGUUUGUGCUGCUUUUGAUACAGUUCUUGGAAUAAAUGUUGCAGUCAAGAAACUAAGCCGUCCUUUUCAGAAUCAAACGCAUGCAAAGAGAGCUUAUCGUGAACUUGUCCUCUUAAAAUGUGUCAAUCAUAAAAAUAUAAUUAGUUUGUUAAACGUGUUUACACCACAAAAAACUCUAGAAGAAUUUCAAGAUGUGUAUUUGGUUAUGGAAUUAAUGGAUGCUAACUUAUGUCAGGUUAUUCAUAUGGAGCUGGACCAUGAAAGAAUGUCCUACCUUCUCUACCAGAUGCUCUGUGGUAUUAAACAUCUGCAUUCAGCUGGUAUCAUUCAUAGAGAUUUGAAGCCUAGCAACAUUGUAGUGAAAUCAGACUGCACCCUAAAGAUCCUUGACUUUGGCUUGGCCCGGACAGCAUGCACCAACUUUAUGAUGACCCCCUACGUGGUAACUCGCUAUUACCGGGCCCCUGAAGUCAUCCUGGGCAUGGGCUACAAGGAGAAUGUUGAUAUCUGGUCAGUGGGUUGCAUCAUGGGAGAGCUGGUGAAAGGUUGUGUGAUUUUCCAAGGCACUGACCAUAUUGAUCAGUGGAAUAAAGUAAUUGAGCAACUAGGAACACCGUCAUCAGAGUUCAUGAAGAAACUUCAGCCAACUGUGAGGAAUUAUGUAGAAAACAGACCAAAGUAUCCUGGAAUCAAGUUUGAAGAACUCUUUCCAGAUUGGAUAUUUCCAUCAGAAUCUGAACGAGACAAAAUAAAAACAAGUCAAGCCAGAGAUCUGUUAUCGAAAAUGUUAGUGAUCGAUCCAGACAAGCGUAUCUCUGUGGAUGAAGCCCUGCGUCACCCAUACAUUACUGUUUGGUAUGAUCCUGCAGAAGCGGAAGCACCACCACCUCAAAUUUAUGAUGCCCAGUUGGAAGAAAGAGAGCAUGCAAUUGAAGAAUGGAAAGAACUAAUUUACAAAGAAGUAAUGGACUGGGAAGAAAGAAGCAAGAACGGUGUAGUAAAAGAUCAACCUUCAGAUGCAGCAGUAAGUAGCAACGCCACUCCUUCUCAGUCGUCAUCCAUCAAUGACAUCUCAUCCAUGUCCACCGAGCAGACCCUGGCCUCAGACACAGACAGCAGUCUUGAUGCCUCCACGGGACCCCUGGAAGGAUGUCGGUGAUAGGUUGGGAACAGGAAACAUCAUCAGUGGAGGAAUGUUCACUUUCAUGGUCGUCCCAAAAAUGUGUGGGAGUUGAUGGAACCAAAUAGAAAAACUCCAUGUUCUGCAUGUAAGAAACACGAUGCCUUGCCCCACUCGGUUCUAAUAGGAUUGCCUGCCUAGAUUAUAAAAACAAAGCCGAUUAUGUCUGAAGAAAAAGUACGAGCCACACUUAUAGAGAUUUUGUUCAAGAUCAUUUCAGGUGAGCAAUUAGAAUAGAAGACAUUUUACAAGUCGUGUGGUGAUAAUGGUGACAGUUUCUCCUCAUCUGUAUCCUGUUGGGACUUAGUGCAUGUGACCACUUGCUUGGGCUUGCCCACCUGGCACUUUGGAAAUCAGUAUUUAAUGCCAAAUAAUCUUCCAGGUAGUGCUGCUUCUAGAAUGAUCUCUUAAUCCUCUUAAGUCACUUGGUGUCUGUCCAGAAAAAAAAAUAGAUUUAUAUGUAUUAAUUGGCCACCAUCAUAAUACAUUAUCCUCUUUUAUGGUAUGAUUCUAUCUUUUGUAUUUCAGAAGUAUAUCAUUAAAUCUAUUUAAUAAAAAUAUAGCUUUUUAAAAAAAAAACUUGUGAUGUUUCAGGCUGAGAAUUAUCACUGCUAAAACCAAGACACUGUUUCCUCUAAAUUGUUUAAUGUGAGAUGAUUCCACUUUACUGCAUGAAAAAAUUUUCAGUUUUGUGCUGCUUAAGAUGUAAGUACCCUUGAAUCCUGUCUUAUCUUUUUUUUUCUUGGUGGUUGGGAUUUCUUAAUAAUUUUAAAUGUUCCCUACUAUUUCAUGUUCUUUAUCAGACACAUAACACUUGGUCUCAAUACCCUUUGCUCAUCCACUCAUUCAAGAUGAAAUACAAGGCCAACAGCACAUUCUAACGCAUUUUUCUUUCUCACUGAAAAAAAGCCAGGUCCCCUCAAAAGCCUGUUCUCCACUUUGUGGAGACAAUUCCUUCUCCUAAGGGAAAUCUAUGAUGUUCUGGAAAAUUCUCCUAGAGGAUAGUGACUCACUCUUGAAUGCUUUCUGGUUAAAACUGCUCACCUGAAAUUGAUUCUUUCACUUUCUGAUGUGUAAAUUCUAUAUGAAAUUCAUAAAGAUGCUGAGUAUUUAUGUGUCAAUGCAGAAAUGGAGUUACAAUGAUUACGUUUGCCUACCUGUGCUCAGAAUGAUUUUUCCCUCGAGCUUACGUUGUUGCAAUUCAUAUCUUGUGUUCAGUUAUUUUGAAAGCUAUUUGGCCAAUGUUCUAUAGAAUGUGUUUCUGGGAGGACCUUUAAUAAGAGUUUAUCUUAAGUAUUAUCUGAAAUAUAUGAUUCUCUGCAGCAGUUGUAUCUUAACGGUUGGUCUUAUCACUGGAAACUGGAACCCUUGAUGGACAGAAUUGAUCUUGAAAUAAGGAAUGGUUUUAUAUCAAGUCACUUAGAUACUUUAAGUAUGAAGUGGAAAUUUGAACUUGGAUAGAGGCAGAAAUACCUAUUAUGUGGCUUAGCCCUGGAGGCCUAAUGUUAUACCUAAGAAAGUCAUCACUAUACACAUAUGUAAACAUCAAAACUCACUAAAUCUGUCUUUGAAGUGAAAACCAGUAGGGAGUAUUGUGCACUGCAUGAUCUGCCCUGAGCCAUGUACAGGUAUACUGCUGUCAGGCUCGGCUGGUCCCACUUACCAGGAGAUACCUGAAGGUGGAGCAAGGUGCCACAGCGCAGCUUUCUGCUCACCUAGUCCUGUGUGUGUCCCAGAAGCCUGUUGUCAUGAAUGGAGCCUGUGCUGGCAUGGAAAGGUCGCUGUCCUGACCCUCUUCUGUCAGGUAGGCCAGUGUACCUGGACCAGUCACAGAACUCCACAGAAAUACCUCACCCCAAUGUCAGGGUCCUCCCUCCUGAGCCUAGAUUUGCCAGGGUCCUGAUGCAAGGCAGAUGGUUUUGACCUGAUCUCUGUGGAGAAAUGCUGGUAUUGGAUAAUGAGCUGAAAAAAAAUGUGCUCAACUUUUUCAUCUUUUCUAUUUUAUUUUUGUAAUUUAUAUUGUACACACCCUGGAAGUAACUAUUUUGGACAUGUAUUUUUAUAAACCAGGUAAUUGAUAGUUAUCUGGGAUUUGAACUAGGUUUGUUUCUUUUGUUGGGUUAGUUAUUGGUCAAAAAGGAAAUGACCGCUUUCCCCCAUGUCUGGGUUUCAAUUUCAAGUGCAGAUUCUAGAGGGCAGAGUCCUGUCAGGGUAAGAGAGCAGUCUAGGAGCACUGGCUGGGCAGAGUCGGACAGCUGUGGGUCUGCAGACCAAGCAGGGCUCUGUUCCUGCCUUUGAAACACUAAACUCAAGAGCUCCAGUGCUGGAGAAAGCCCUCUGCAGGACCCCUUGCUGACGCUCAGGGUCUGAAUCUGGGACACUGGUUCAAUUGGAACUGAGCCCUAUGUAUGUUAUAACAGUGGCUGGGUUUGUCUGGUUGGUUUCUGAUGUAACUCCUCUGAUAUUUCAUACUGAUGGUAAAUACUGGUCUGACCUUUCAGAUCGCAUAUCUCAAAAGUAACAUUGCCUAAUGUUUUAUAAUAAAAUAUACUAUGUGUGUUUUGAUUGGUAAAAAAAUAAUACAGACUACAUUUUAAAAGAGAA